UUUUUGCAAGUAGCCAGCUGAUUCUAGAACAGCCAGGUGUGGGAGACUCUGGGCUGGACCAGAUCAUUCUAAGGGACCAUUCCUGCUUUAAUCCUCUGCUUCCUUUCUAGGACACGGUGUUAAACUUUGCAAUGGAAACUUGAGAACAGUAAGGAGGAAUGCCGCUGUGGGUCACUUUGCCAUAGAGCCAACUUUUGCAUCUGGGACAGAGCCUGGGCAGUGUCUCUCUCUCUCUUUGCCCCACCACGGACUCCCGGUCUUCGCUUUGGGGAGACAGGAUGGACAGAUUCCUGGUGAAGAGGGUUCUCGGGGGCCUUUUGGGAAAGAGGGAGCAGGAGCAGACAGGAGCAGGCCCAGCAGAGUUGGGAGAAGAUGGGGGAAGCACCAGGAAAAGGCCCAGGAGAGAAAGCCCGGGGAAUGGUGUUGACUCGGCAGCCCUCAGCUGGCGCCGCAUUCGGUCCGAGGGCCUGGACUGCGAUUACACAGUCCUGUUUGGCAAAGGUGAGGCGGACGAGAUUUUCCUAGAGUUGGAGCAAGAGGUGGAAUAUUUUACAGGUGCGCUGGCCAAGGUGCAGGUGUUUGGGAAGUGGCACAGCGUGCCCAGGAAGCAGGCGACGUAUGGCGACGCUGGGCUGACCUACACGUUUUCAGGCCUUACUCUGUCUCCAAAGCCCUGGAUCCCAGUUCUCGAGCGAGUCCGGGAUCGUGUUUCUUUGGUGACUGGACAGACCUUCAACUUCGUGCUCGUGAACAGGUACAGAGAUGGCUGUGACCACAUUGGGGAGCACCGAGAUGACGAAAGGGAACUGGCCCCCGGCAGCCCCAUCGCCUCCGUCUCCUUUGGGGCCUGCAGAGAUUUCGUCUUCCGGCAUAAGGACUCCCGAGGGAGAAGCCCCUCCCGGAGGCUGGAGGCGGUCAGGCUUGCGCUGGCCCACGGGAGUUUGCUUAUGAUGAACCCCCCGACCAACUCUCACUGGUAUCACAGUCUCCCCGUCCGCAGGAAGAUUCUGGCGCCACGGGUCAAUCUGACCUUUCGGAAAAUUCUGCCUACUAGAAAGUAAAA